UCGAAGUCGGGGGAAAUUUUUCUUGGGCGGGAGAGGGGAGGGGAUUGCCAUUGCUGCUGCUGCUAAUGGCGGAAACCCUAGCCGAGGACGCCGCCGACGCGCCGCUCGACGCGGCGGCCAUUCGAAGCCGGUUGGAGCGGCUCGCGCUGUCGCGGCGAGGGGAGGAGGAGGUUGCUUCGGCGGCGGCGGCGGCGGCGGACGCGGUGCGCCGCCUUCCCUCCGUGGAGGACGUGGAACCUUUGCAGGGGUUGGAAUUCGACGCAUGGGCCUCGAGCGCCGCGCCGAUGGAGAGCGACUUUGAUGCGUUCAUGGAAUGGUUGAGUAAGGAGGUAAGCUUGGCUGAGGAGGAGAACCGCAAACUAUCUGUUGAAAUUAGCAGCGUUGCAGAGACAACUCUCAAAGAUUCGAUUCAGUUGGAUGCUGAUAUUGCCGAAUUGGAGUCUUCAUUGAAGAAAAUUGAUUCACAGGGUUUGAAACACUUGGAGGCAAGCCACAUCGCUGAGUUAUCAGUUUCAACUGAUUCAUGCAGAGACCAAAUUAAAUUUGACAAGGACUACAAGUAUGAGGUACUGGAACUUAACCAACAGCUGGAAAAAUAUGAGAAUGACCUGAAGCUGUUAGAAAACCAAAAAAGUGCUGAAGCAAUGUGGGAACUUGAAUCUAUGUUAUCAGAAGCAAAUGUUUUAGACUUUAAAGACAAUUGUCUCAGGGUAUUCCUGAAGGAAGCUGUACUCACGCCUGAAUGUUUAAUGUACGGGAAAGAGUCAGAUUGUUCUGUUAAUUCAUUCGUUUCAGACCAUGAAUUGCUGAUAGAAGUUGGAGAAAACAUGGAACCAAAGAAAGUGCAGAUAUUUCCUGAUGAUACCUGUGUAGAUAUACUUCUUGAUAAGCUCAAGGCCUCCAGAGAGACCAUUUCUACUACAUCACUGGGAUGGAUUAUUCGGCAAUUUCAACACCACAUUAUAAUCAACACUUUGAGGCGUUCCUUGGUGAAAGAUGCUAAUAAUUCCAGGCAUUCUUUUGAGUACAUUGACAAAGAUGGGACAAUUCUAGCUCACUUAGCGGGUGGCAUUGAUGCCUUCAUCAAGAUAUCUGCAGACUGGCCACUGUCAUCCUGCGGCCUGAAGUUAAUCUCCAUUCACAGUUCCAGGGCGCAGUCAGCAGAUAUUUCUUUAGCUUUGCUUUCCAAAACAAAGGAACUGGCCAAUGGAUUGGAGCUUCAGACUCGUCGACAUCUGGUGAAGUUUGUAGAUGCAAUUGAAGAUAUUCUUUUUCGAGAGAUGCGGUCGUAGCAGCUCCAUUCCAGCAAAGCAUGUCUUAGAAGACUAGACUUGACCCAACCAGCCUCCCCAUCAUCUUGAUGACAAGGAGAACGUAGCAUAUCAAUCUCCGGGUGACCACCUUGUAAGCUUGCACGUUGUAAAGGUCUGAUCACAUUUAUUAAUGUGCGCAUGAGAUGUUUAAGAAAUGACCAGUAAAAGCAUGGGAAAACAUAAACUGAUUAAGCCCUUUUUCAGAGCUCUUUCUUUUUCUUUUUUUGUAUAAUUGUGAGUGAACCAUUUGAAAAUUCAGUCCCAAGAUUAAGGUGCUUGAGUCGUGCUAA